UCAGUUUCGCAGCGACUCUUAGCUGUGUUUAAACUCUCUGAAUAAUUCUAAGCUUACCUUAGAUCAGUGAGCGGAAACGGAAACUGACAGCACGCUCAACUCUUCGCGCGUCCUUGUCAGCUUUUGGCGCCUCAGACGCAGUUUGACUGCAUUUGUUAGUCAGUGGUUCGUCGACCUGUUUGUCUACUAGUCGUCAAAUUAAGUCGUAUUUUCUUACUAAACUACCCAAUUACAGUCAUGGCAAGUCUUUCAACGGGCGCGAUAGAGGCUUUAGCAAAUGGCAGCGGUUGGAACGAAGCAGUGCUACAGUUGGUGAACAUUCGCAAGAUCGAUGGCGGGAGUGGGCCCUCUCGCUUCAGGGUGAUGAUGAGCGAUGGACGACACACACUGUCAUCCUUCAUGCUCUCCACUCAGCUAAACUACAUGGCCGAGGAAAACCUUCUGGUCCCAAAUUGUGUGUGCGUCCUGAAGAGGCAGGUCACCAAUAUGCUCAAAGAUGGACGACGAGUGGUAAUCAUUUUAGAAAUCGACGUCAUCAAACCUGCUGACGCCUCUGGUAAAAUAGGAGACCCAAUUCCUUACUCUGACGGUCAGAGCAGAGGCCCGCAACCAGCUCCAGUCCCUGAAAGCAGAUCGCCUCUGCAGCCACAAAACAGAAAUGAAGCUGUGGUCAGAAAUUUGAAGAGAGACUUUGCAAAGAAGACUCCUUCUGCUUUGCCUGAUACUCCAGGAGGAAGCUCCAAAAUUGUCCCCAUCGCCAGCCUCAACCCCUACCAGUCCAAGUGGACGAUCCGGGCUCGUGUGACCAAUAAGAGCUCCAUUCGUACGUGGAGCAAUGCUCGAGGCGAAGGAAAACUCUUCUCUAUGGAGAUCGUAGAUGAAAGUGGGGAGAUCCGUGUUACCGGCUUCAACCAAGAAGUCGACAAGUUCUUCUCUCUCAUCGAGGUCGGCAAGGUCUACUACAUCUCCAAGGGCUCUCUGAAGAUCGCAAACAAGCAGUACACGUCGGUGAAGAACGACUACGAAAUGACUCUCAACGGAGAGUCUACCGUCAUUCCCUGUGAGGACAGCUGCGACGUUCCCAUGGUGCAGUGCGACUUUGUCCCCAUCGGCGACUUGGAGAACAGAGAGAAAGACGCUAUCGUUGAUGUGAUUGGAGUGUGCAAGAGCGUGGAUGAGCUGACCCGCCUGACGACCAAGUCCAACCGCGAAGUGUCCAAGAGAACGCUGAGUCUGAUGGACAUAUCCGGAAAGUUGGUGACCGUCACCCUGUGGGGAGAGGAAGCGGAGAAGUUUGACGGCUCCGGACAGCCGAUCGUAGCCAUAAAGAGCGCCAAGCUCUCGGACUUCGGAGGCCGCUCACUUUCCGCGUCCUUCAGCAGCACCAUGAUGAUCAACCCAGACAUCCCAGAGGCGUACAAGCUCAGAGGCUGGUUUGACAAGGAAGGACACGCCAUGGAAGGACAGUCCCUGACGGAGGUGAGGGGUGCCGGCGGAAGGCUCUCUGAGAACUGGAAGUCCUUGGCUGACGUGAAGUCGGAGCAUCUGGGACACGGUGACAAGGCCGACUACUACUCCUGCAUAGCCACCAUCGUGUUUCUGCGUAAGGAGAACUGCCUUUAUCAGGCCUGCCCGACCCAGGACUGCAACAAAAAGGUGGUGGACCAGCAGAAUGGCAUGUUCCGCUGCGAGAAGUGUGAUAAAGAGUUUCCCAACUUCAAGUACCGCCUCAUUCUGUCCGCCAACAUUGCAGACUACGCCGACAACCAGUGGGUGACUUGCUUCCAGGACAGCGCUGAGGCCAUCCUGGGCCAGAACGCCGCGUACUUGGGCCAGCUCAAGGACUCAAAUGAAUCGGCAUUCGACGAGAUCUUCCAGCAAGCGAACUUCAACACUUUUAUCUUUCGCAACAGAGUGAAGCUGGAAACGUACAACGACGAGUCAAGGAUUAAAGCGACGGUGAUGGACGUGAAGCCAGUCGACCACAGAGAGUACAGCAAGAGGCUGAUCAUGAACAUACGGAGUAUGGGAGCCAAGUAGAAACGGCACCAAUGCAGAUUAUCGGAUAUGCUUUUUUCUUUUGUACAGGUUCCAUAUCUGUCUCACUUUAGAGUGUUAAAUCCUAUGUAUUUUUGUUUACUUAUGCUAUUCAUUAAUUAAAAAGGUAAAGUAACUGUUAUGGGGUACUCUAA